CGUGAACGGAAGCUUAAGACAGAAAGGCAGACGCGGCUUUAGACCUACAGAAGCUUCGACUAGUUGCGUGUGAGACAUGAAGCUGUGCAGAUUUGCGGGCUAUUUGCUGCUGCUAAUGCAGUUGCUGCGGCAGCCGGAGCCCAGUCGUAGCAUUGAACUGAGCACCGACUAUGCCAUAGUGAGCAAGGCAGCGGUGGCCACCACCACAGCAGCACCGACGCCAACACCCGCUGCACCACCUGGUCGCAGCUUCAAAGGUCGCAUACAGACGACAACGCCACGCUCUGCCUCGAAGCGGCAGGCCCGUCCGCUGGCUAGCAACACCUCAGAUGAACCUCAGCAGCAGCUGGUGUCAAUUUCAUCAAAAUCGUAUAUCUCUGGGCCCACCACACCGCCCUCCAAGCUGGCCAAGCGUGCUGGACUGCCGGCACAGAAGAAAUUCGCCAAGGAUGUGCGCAAUCGCAGCAGCCUGGCUGUGGAGCGAAACAGGCUGCAGCACGAGGUGCCCGAUCACGUGCCCGAUUCAUCUGGCUAUGUGCCACAGCGCAUUGGGCAUCCCGUGCAUUUGGAAUACGGCUCAACUGGCGUGGACUCAAGUGGAGCUCCAACAGGCAGUGCGGGCUAUCAUGCGGCGCCCUAUGAGGGCAGCAAGUGGCACGAGGAAUACUGGGAGCAGGACUACUCCGGGCAACAGUACGCGCACAACAGCACCCGAGUGCAGCAUAUUGAAGCUGAAUGCCAAGAUGAUUAUAUGAAAAUACGCAUUGGCUUCAAUGGCUCAUUCAGUGGCUUGCUCUAUUCUGCUGGCUAUGCGUACGAUCCCGAUUGCAUGUACAUCAAUGGCUCUGGCAGGGACUACUACGAGUUCUACAUACAAUUGAAUCGCUGCGGCACCCUGGGCAAGAAUACUCUGCAGGAAGAGAGUCGCAAGAAUCCCACAAACUUUAUGUGGAACACAGUUACUGUUCAGUAUAAUCCGCUGAUCGAAGAGGAGUAUGAUGAACAUUUCAAGGUCACCUGUGAAUAUGGCUAUGAUUUCUGGAAGACCGUCACGUUUCCCUUCUUAGAUGUGGAAGUUGCAACAGGCAAUCCGGUGGUGUUCACUCUCAGCCCACCUGAGUGUUAUAUGGAGAUCCAGAAUGGUUAUGGCAUUGGUGGACCACGUGUAACUGGUCCAGUGCGCGUGGGCGAUCCUUUGACGCUGAUCAUCUAUAUGCGAAGCAAAUAUGACGGCUUUGAUAUAGUUGUGAAUGAUUGCUAUGCGCACAAUGGGGCCAACAAGCGCAUUCAGUUGAUUGAUCAUCAGGGCUGUCCCGUGGACGACAAGCUUAUCUCACGCUUCAGGGGCUCCUGGUCGGAUUCGGGCGUGUUCGAGACGCAGGUGUAUGCUUAUAUGAAAACCUUUCGUUUUACGGGCUCUCCGGCGCUGUACAUUGAGUGCGAUGUGCGCAUGUGCCAUGGGCGUUGUCCGAGUCAGCCUUGUCACUGGCGCAACUUGAAGGCCGUCACCAAACGCGACACGUCUAACAUGACAGCAACGAAUUUGUCGCUGCCACCGCUCUCAGACGCUGCAAUCGAAGCUACAGAGAGUCCGGCACAAGCUUCGCUCUCGGAGAAUGUGAAUCUGUUUCAGUCGCUCCGCGUGCUGCAGGAGGGCGAAUCCGAUGGCGACGAUGUCUAUGCUCAUCGCCAGGCAAAACCACAGUUACCGCAUCAGACUUGCCUGAAGACCUCCACCUUCUCAGCACUGACAGCCAGCUGCUCGGCGCUACUUUGUGUGCUGACUGUGAUGCUGUUCAUAGCCUGCUCUCGGCUGAAGAGACGCAAGCAGUCCACGCUGUACGACUCCUAUAUAGCACAUAAGGGGCAGAUUGAUUGA